AUGUGGGGUUUUCAAAAUGGAGAGAAAAGACUUGUUUGCCAGUUUUUUCCUGAUAAAUAUCACCAAAACUUUACAGAGCGAUGGGAUCGCGAUAACUUCAUCGACAUCAUCUGGCAGAACAUUGACAGAGAAAACUCUUCGCCUCUGAGAAUUGCUGCAACCGCCCUUCCCAGUGCGCUAACCAACUGGAAACGUGGAUUGAGUAAAUCCACUGUCCUAGGGCAACCGUACGACUACAAAUCUAUACUACACUACGAUAGCUUGGCAUUCAGUAAGAAUGGCUUCCCAACGAUGUUACCAAAACAGAAAUGUAACGCUACGAUUGGUAAUGCGAAAGACUUCAGUGACGUCGAUUUGGCGAAAAUCAAUCGGAUGUACAGCUGUCCGAGUGAAACGAAGCAACAAACGGCUCCUUUUGCCAGAGCCCAGCAUAGUCCAAUCUACCAAGCGAUCAACAAGUACGACGAUCGACCGAAACUUCCGCCACAAUACUACGACGGAAUGCAUUCGAACAAACCACAACGAUGUGAGGAUAAGAUCACUGUGUGCUGGUGGACAGCAGAUCGAUGUCGAGCGCCGGCGAUCUACGCCAUGAUGACUUCGCUUUGUCCAAAAACUUGCGGGUUUUGCUAG